UCACAACAGAACGUUUUCGACACUUUUGGAAUUGGAUUACUGUUGAAUAUCCCGCAGUAACAUUUACACGUUAUACACAACAAUAUAUAGAAGAACUGAAUUAUACUUAUCUUUAUAUUGGUACCGCUGACGCAGUAAACAACGUCCUUCAAAACCUCAUAUUUAGCAUACGAUACAACGUUGGAUUUGAAGUAUCACCUAUAACCGUUAGACAAAAUAUAUACAACGCCUUUAUUAUAACAAGAGGAUUUGCCUUAGACCCAUUACACACGUUAUACCAGAUAUCUGAAACAACUUCUAUACCACCUUCCGUCACAUCAGACGAUACUGAAUCAACUAUUUCAA